AUGGCGUCUGCAAACUCUCUCAAGGCAAUCUCUUCCCUGUAUAUUUCCAACUCAAUCAGGUCUCCUUCACCUUCCCAAGCUCAAAGACUGUUGGGUUUCAAUCUCUCGCAUUCCUUCCCAACCCUAAAAUCCACACCAACCCUCCAAGGCUUCCCAAACUCCAAGAACUUCACGAGCACAGCUUUCUUCUCCCAGAAAAAGAAGGAGCCAGCUGAUUCUUCAAGACCCACAAAAGUUCAAGAACUGCAUGUGUAUGAGAUCAACGAGAGAGACAGAGGCAGCCCAGCAUACCUAAGACUCAGCCAAAAAGAAGUCAACUCACUCGGUGAUCUUGUACCAUUCAGCAACAAGAUCUACUCUGGGGACUUGGAGAAAAGGUUGGGCGUAACAGCAGGCUUAUGUGUUCUGAUCCAAAACGUACCAGAGAAGAAAGGAGACAGGUACGAGGCGAUCUACAGCUUCUACUUCGGAGACUAUGGGCACAUAUCAGUUCAGGGAGCCUAUUUGACUUAUGAGGACACUUAUUUGGCCGUGACCGGUGGAUCUGGGAUCUUUGAGGGAGUGUACGGACAGGUCAAGCUGAAGCAGAUUGUGUUUCCCAUCAAGUUGUUUUACACGUUUUAUUUGAAGGGCAUUUCUGAUUUGCCUGUGGAGCUUACCGGCGGGACGCCGGUGGUUCCGACGCCGACUAUUGAGCCAUCUCCGGCUGCCAAGGCCACCGAGCCCAACGCUACCAUCCCGAACUUCACCAACUGA